AUGCUUAAGCGUGCCUUCAGUUACAUCAUCGGCGCUGAAAAACAAGUGGCUAGGGACUAUGAACGAUGGAGUAGGUCGCAGCUUAUCCAGCGUAUUAGAGAACUUGAGAGUAGCGCUGAAGUCGAUAAGGAUGAGACGAAGGAGAAUACUCCAGCUAGUGAAAUAGUGAGUACACCAGCUCCCGAUGCAAGUCUUGGUAGUGCCACCGUAGCCAAUUCCACGAAUAAAACCAGUAAAAAGAAGAAAUUUGACUUCUCCACUCAGAACCAAAGGUUUAUCGCUCUUCGCUUUGCAUACGCGGGAUGGAACUACAGCGGACUCGCUUUUCAGAACGAACCGACACCGUUACCAACCGUAGAGGAGGAAAUUUUGAAGGCUCUCAGCACAGCCAAGUUGAUUGCCGCACCAGAUCCUCACUGCUGUGACUUUUCCCGUUGCGGUAGAACCGAUAAGGGAGUCUCUGCCUUGAACCAGGUCAUCUCAUUGAAGGUUAGAUCCAGACUUAGCAAAGAGGAGCAGGAGUUGAAGACAAACGACUCCAAUGAAAUCCCCUAUGUCACUGUAUUAAAUACAUUGUUGCCCAAGGAUAUUAGAGUGACCGCUGUAUGCUUGCGUCCCCCUGAAGACUUUGAUGCCAGAUUCAGUUGUGACUACAGACACUACAAAUAUAUAUUUAAGAAGGAUGGCUUGGACUUGGAAUUGAUGGAGCAGGCAGCAGCCAAGUACUUGGGGCCUCAUGACUUCAGAAACUUCUGUAAAAUUGAUGGCAGCAAGCAAAUUACAAAUUACGGAAGAACAGUGCUAUCAUCGAGCAUACAGCACUUAAGAGAUGACUACUAUGUGUUUGAUUUAAAGGGUACCGCAUUCUUAUGGCACCAAGUUCGUUGCAUGGUUGCAAUUUUGUUCCUCGUAGGACAAAAGCAUGAACUGGUUGAUAUUAUUGACAAGUUAUUAGAUGUGACCACCAUGCCAAGCAAGCCGAUCUAUGAUUUGGCCAACGAUAUUCCAUUGGUCUUGUAUGAUUGUGUAUUCCCUGAGAUGGAAUGGGUUGCUGGGAUUGAUGAAACCAAGGCUUCCAAGAUUCUUCGUGACAAUGCUAUAGUCAAAGGAUUGGUGACGGAAGUUCAAAUCAAGGCUAUGAUUACUGAAAUGGUCGCCAACUUGGCCCUUACCGACGAAACUGGGUAUAAGAACCUUCCAGGGUCUGGUAUUAUUAAUAUUGGAGAUGGUAGAGGUAGAAAUUUCAAGAAGUAUGUCAAGAUUGUGAAUCGUGAAUAUGGUGACACCUUUGAGGUUGUUAAUGCUAAACAUAGAGAGAAGAAGAGAAGAAAGUUGGAGAGCAACGACUCGAUUAAUGAAUAG